CCCCAGAACCUCAGUUCAUGCAGGACACUGACAUGGAACAGGGACUCACUGAGGCUCCACCUGCUCCCCAGGUGCCUGCUCUUCCCCACGAGGGAAGCCCAGGAGACCAGGCAGCUGCGCUGCGGACAGCCAGGUACCAGGAGUUUGAGACAUUCGAGGACGUGUCUGUGCACCUUACUCGAGAGGAAUGGGGAUGCCUGGACCUUGUUCAGAGGGACCUCUACAGAGAAGCGAUGUUAUUGAACAAUGUGGUCUCACUGGGCAUACUUCUUCGCCUUCCCACCACUGGGAUUCAUUGUGUGAAUUCCUGCCCGGCCCUGAGUCACACCCAGGCAAGUGCUUUCUCUGGAGAAACUUGCAAUUCUUACAGCAGGAAUCUCCAAGAGACAGUGGCCCAAGUAUCGUAUUUCCAUCGGUAG